UCAUUAGAGCCGUCAUAUAUUUGUUUAUUUGUCACAAUUGGAUGAUUAAGGAUGUGAAUGUGUGGGGCGGUGUAUCAUGCCGAAGUGAGUGCUACUUAGUUCCCGGCUAGUCAAUUUAUAAAAUGCCAGCCAUGAAGGAUUCGUAUAUCGUUAAAAUUGCGGUCGAAAUGACCGACCAGGUGCCGCAAUUGAUCGAAUUUAAUCAGAAACAACCAUUGACCAGCAUCAUCCAGGAGCUGUGCAAUGGGUGGAACCUCACGGACCCCGAACAGUACGCACUGCAAUUCAACGAGAGCAACAACAAUAAUUACAUUACCGAGAAGAACAGGAAUGAAAUUAAAAAUGGCUCUGUCAUUCGAUUGCAGUUUUCCCCUUCAAAAACUGCACAGGACAUCCUGCACAAACUCAACACUGGCAGUCCAGAGGAAAAGGCCCAUGCAAUGACACAUUUAUCGAAUCUCAGUUCGGACAUGACGUUUGCUUUGGAUUUCAUCAACAAACAGGGGUUGACUCUCAUCAUUAAGCAGAUUGAAGGGGGCAAGUGCAAGGGAAUUGUGUUGGCUAACACAUUGCACUCAUUUGUGGAAUUGAUGGAACAUGGCAUUGUGUCUUGGGACAUUCUAAACAGUGAUUUUAUAUCCAGAGUUGCAUCAUUAGUUAAUUCACAACAGGAGCCACAAGUCACUCAAGCUGCAUUGUCUAUUUUGGAAAAUAUUGUUCUGAACAGUACUGAGGGAUAUGGACAAGUUGAGAGAGAGGUACCAAUCGGUUCUCUUGUGGGACACUUGCAAUCCGCUCCCGUUGUACAACAAAAUGCAGUCGCCCUAAUAAAUGCCCUUCUCCUAAAAGCGGGAGACCCGAAUAAACGUCGCAGCUUGGCCGGAACUCUAACCAGCAAACAACUUCGGGUCGUCGUUCAAAAUCACGUACUCCAAACUGGCGUAUCAAACGGCGCCGAAAUGGGCCACCAGCUGUACGUGCUACAGACUUUAAUGUUGGGCUUGUUGGAACAGAGAAUGAUGACGAAGAUGGAUCCUCAGGACCAGAGCGGCCACGAUAAAAUCAAGGAGCUGAGGAAAAUCGCUUUCGAUAGCGAAGGUGCCGGCAAUUUGAGAGGUCCCGCCGGCUUUACACGUGACUACAAGAAACUCGGAUUCAAGAACGACAUAAAUCCGGCGUUGGACUUUACGGAAACGCCGCCCGGCCUGCUGGCUCUAGAUUGUAUGGUGUACUUUGCACGUAACCACGCGGAGAGCUACACCAAAUUGGUUUUGGAGAACAGCUGCAGAGCCGACGAACACGAAUGUCCUUUCGGCAGAGCCAGUGUCGAAUUGGUAAAGAUACUGUGCGAUCUGUUGAAGAUAGGCGACGCACCCUCCGAACAGUGUGUGGCUUUUCAACCCUUGUUCUUCACACACGAUCAUCCAUUUGAGGAAUGCUACUGCAUUUGUAUUGUGUUGCUGAACAAAACGUGGAAGGAGAUGCGGGCUACGUCGGAAGAUUUUGGCAAAGUGGCUAGCGUAGUUAGAGAGCAGAUUGUGAGGGCAUUGGAAAUUUCACCGCCAUCCCUCGACAAAUUAAAAGCUAAAUUGCAGUCGUUAACUUACAACGAAAUCACUCAGUUAUGGCAGCUGGAAAGGGACAGUCGCGAGGAAUGGGAGUCCCAUGCUCGACCGGUAGUGGAGCUGCGUGAACAAAUUACACCUGACAUUCUGAAUCUCAUCAAACAACAGAGACUUUCGUUUCUGAUGGACGGUACUCGAUUUACCAAAUAUUCGGCACGUGGCCAACGCAUUAAAGACAAGUUUUGGUACAUGAGAUUGUCCCCCAACCAUAAAGUUUUGCAUUAUGGCGACUGCGACGAGAAAAGUGCUCCCACCACUGAAGAACUACCUUCCAAGCUGGCGAUUGCGGAUAUUAGAGCGUUGACUGUCGGCAGGGACUGUCCCCAUAUGAAGGGCAAGAAAACCAAUCAGCAGCUAGCAUUCUCCUUAGCUUUGGAAGGAGUGGACUUACAAUCAUUAGAUUGUGUGGCUCCAGACGAGUUAGCUUUGGCAUAUUGGACGGAUGGACUGAACGCACUCUUGGGACAGAGGAUGCAAAGCAAAGAGACUGAGAAAGAUCUGGACACAUUGUUAAGUAUGGAGAUUAAACUAAGGCUGUUAGAUGCGGAGGGUGUCACCAUUCCUCAGGAUCCCCCGCCAAUUCCUCCAGAUCCGCCGCACUAUCAUUUUUGUUAUGAUUUGAAAUGAGCUAGAACUUGACAUAAGAAUAAUAAUUUUACGUUUGCUAAUAUUACGAUAUAAAAUUUCAAAAAUAAUAUGCCAAAGUAAUGCACAACGCUUUAUUGAGAAUUGUAUAAGGUACUAUUUUAGAUAAUAAUUUUUUACUCUUCCAUGUGUAGUACAAAAUAAACUAACAUGUGGCUCAUUUAAUCAGAAAUAUUCCCGUAACUCUUUAUUUAUAAUGCGCCUUUAAUUAACUUCGUAAUUAAUUAAUAUUGGAAAUGAUAAGUUAGACACCUUUGAAUGUAGUUGAGUUCAUAAAAAAUUCUUACCUUCAAAAUGCAUAUUAUUAAUAUGUUUGUGGCAAAAUUCAGAAUAUUACUUCAGUAAUGUAUUUAUUCCUUUUAAUCAAUUGUCAAAAUUGUUUUGUGUGUAAUAUAAAAGAAAUAUUGAUAGGUCUGUGACUAUUAAAAAUAAUAUUUUUCUAAUAAAAAUUUUUAAUUAUGUCACAGAAUUAUCAAAGUUUUUUAUAUUCUUAUUUUGAUACUUAAUUCCAAGAAUUCUUCAUAAAAAGGCUCUAUUUGACAGAAAGUAUUCUUAUUAAAAAGUUACAGGGGUGCUUUUCUAUCUUAAAUGACGCGCACUGAGAAUCUUUUUCGUGUGACUCUCGAAUGAACAUUUUUUAUUCUCUUUUAGUCUUUUAUUGAUAUUAAAUAUUUAUAUAUUUUAACAUAGUUUUAGUCAAUAAUUAUUUAAUGUUUAAGUAAGUAUUUGUGAAUUUAUAUUUCGAAGCAAAUUAUACUCGAAUAUUGGUCUAAAUAGAUUUGGGAAAAAUUAUUAUUAUUCUCAUUUUUGUAUUUUGUAGCAUAUUUUAGUGCAAUAAUAUACCACUUAUCACUGUGAACCCCUACUUUUAUAUUUUGAAUAUUUUCUUUACAAAGGUAUAUAAUAAAUAUGUAUUUUAAAUGUGUGUAGUUUGUUUUAUAAUGCUUUUGUUACUCCAUAUUUCACAUGUCCUUUCAAUUUGCUGAAUAUUUUUGUAUCUCUCACAAGUUAUACUUUGAUUUGUGUUUCAAUUUAGGAUUGGGGAAGCAAAGCAAAGAGACUGAGAAAGAUCUAGACACACUGUUAAGCAUGGAUAUUAAACAUUUUUGUUACAAACUGAAAUGAGAUAGAACUUUACAUAAGAAUCACCAUUUUAAGUUUGCUAAUAUUGGGAUAUAAAUUACAAAAUAAUGUGCCUAAGUAAUAUACAACGUUUUAGUGAUUGACAAGCUACUAUUUUAGAUAAUAAUUUUUUCACUUUUCCAUGUGUAUCACAAAAUAAACUAAAUGUGCCUCAUUUAAUUGGAAAUAUCCCCAUAAUUUUUUUAUUUGUAAUGCAACUUCAAUUAAAUUAUUUGAAUAUUGUAAAUAAUAAUAUUGAAGAUUGUAUUAUGUCAAUCACAAAAGACAUAUUACAACAAUUUUGGUGUUUACAAAUGACUGAAUAUUAAUAAGUAUGUGGUUGGAUUGAGAAUUAUCAAAAUUAUGUAUUAUAGCCUUUUUUACGAAGAAUUGAAUACAAAUAAAAAGGCACUGAUAUUCAGAAAACAAUUUUUGUGGUUAAUACAUUAAAAAGUUACAGAGGUAUUUCCAGCUUAAAUUACUUCCAUCAUUUUCAUGUAAAUCUCGAAUAAACAGUUUUUAGUCUC